AUGGAGGUCGUGUGGGCCGUGGGGCAGGUGGGCGCCGUGUGGAUGGCGGUGGUGCUCGGGCUCAUCAUGGUGCCCUCGGCGCUGGGCAUCUCGCUGGGCAUCUCUGAAGCCUAUAUGUGGGUGUUGGUGAAGACGCUGGAGUGGGCCACUAUCCGGUUACAAAAUGGUGCCAAAAAGCCGCAGCCACAGGUGCCACGGACUCCUACUGCCAAUGGUAUCAUUGAAAGGGAUGAAACACCUAUGGAGAAAGAAAUUGCUCUUCUGCAUCGAGCAGACUUCGAAUUCUCCCACAUCUUCUACUUCUGCAGAAAAGGGUUUGAGGCUAUUGUGGAAGAUGAAGUCACUCAGCGAUUUUCCUCAGAAGAGCUGCUCUCCUGGAAUCUGCUCACAAGAACUAAUGUCAACUUCCAUUACAUCAGCCUGAGGCUGACUGUUGUGUGGGUCAUCGGGGUGGUAGUGCGGUACUGCUUCCUGCUGCCCCUACGCUUUACCCUUGCUGCCAUCGGGAUUACAUCAAUGAUUGUAGGAACAACUGUGGUGGGACAGCUGCCAAAUGGCAGUGUGAAAAACUACCUAAGCGAAGUGGUUCACCUCACGUGCUCCCGCAUCCUUGUCAGAGCUCUGUCUGGUACUAUCCAUUACCAUAACAAGGAAAACAGACCUCAGAAAGGAGGAAUUUGUGUUGCCAACCAUACAUCACCAAUAGAUGCGAUCAUUUUGACAAAUGAUGGAUGCUAUGCAAUGGUGGGCCAGGUUCACGGUGGGCUGAUGGGCAUUAUCCAGCGAGCCACUGUCAAGGCCUGUCCUCAUGUCUGGUUCGAGCGGUCCGAGAUGAAGGACCGCCAUCUAGUGACAAAACGACUCAGGGAACAUGUGGCAGAUAAAAGCAAGCUCCCAAUCUUAAUUUUUCCAGAAGGCACCUGCAUAAACAAUACAUCUGUGAUGAUGUUCAAGAAGGGGAGCUUUGAAAUAGGAGGGACAAUCUAUCCUGUUGCAAUCAAAUAUGAUCCUCAGUUUGGAGAUGCCUUCUGGAACAGCAGCAAAUACAAUAUCGUGAGCUAUCUGCUGCGAAUAAUGACCAGCUGGGCCAUCGUUUGCAAUGUGUGGUACUUGCCACCAAUGGUUAGAAAGGAAGAUGAAGAUGCUGUUCAGUUUGCCAACAGAGUGAGGUCAGCCAUUGCUCGCCAGGGAGGACUGACUGAACUCCCAUGGGAUGGAGGACUGAAACGAGCGAAAGUCAAAGAUACUUUCAAAGAAGAACAGCAGAAGAACUACAGCAAAAUGCUAGUGAGAAAUGGAUCAGUAGGAAGCCUGUCUGCAGAAACUGAGUCAGACUGAAUGGUGGUUCUUGAAAAGUAACUUUGCACAACCAGCCUUAGCAGGAAUGUUUUUUUUAAUUUAAAAAAAACUGUCAAAAAAUAGAGCAAGGAAACAACAAAAUCCUUCAUUGUGUCUAUUCAUAUUCUCUGUAUGGCUGGUGCAGAGCCUGCCAAGGGCAGUGUCUCUGUGUUCUUCUCUGUUCAUUCUUUCACUAUCCUGCCCUUCUCCAUCUUCAUGUGAUGAUGCACUGCAGCUCUUGGUAUUCCCAAGCUGAAUGCUCGCAGAGUUAGAAGAUGAAAAAAACACCCCAGUUUUUCUGAGUUGGUAAGAAUGAAGGGAAGUGUGCUGAACAGAUGCUGUCAGCACACUGCUUGUGAAGAUACCUCUUUUUCAUGGUACUUUAAAGGUUUAAACAUAGCAAAAUUUUGUCUUUGUUUUCCUGUUGCUCACAGAUUUUUUUGUUGUAGAUGACUCAAAUCAUAUGCUUUAGAAUGUUGUCAGAACUGUGAGAUUGACUCUUUUUGUUAGCUUGCACCUGGAUGUGCAAGGAGGGAAUGGAAGCAAGGGUUGCAGAGACCCUACAGGAUGGGAAAGGAGCUGCCCUGCCAAAAGCACAGACCAUGGAAUGUGAGGAAUUUGGUGGCCUUAUAACAUGGUAUUAUUGAGAGCUGCUUCCUGAGGGAAGAUAAGGGGCAAGUCCUCAAUCUCCCUGUCCAUUGCUGUUGUUGAAAUUGCUUUCUUGAGCUCUGGAGCUGUAAAGGUAAGGUACAGUUAAGGUUGGAUAAUGUAGGCUAUGACAGAUGAAUCUUUGUAGAUUGUCAAGAGUGCCCAUCUGCAAAAAUUAUUGUUAAUGGCUUGAAAUUCUCAAGAGAGCCACUCCAGAAACGUAUCUUGUGUUUCCUGGGCUAGCAAUAGCUAUCACAACUAUAAACAUAGAAGUCAGCUUUGAUAUGAGACAUGACAUGUCCAAAUCUGCAAUAUAUUGCUGUCUGAAUGUAAUGAGAAAUAAAUUCUAUAUUUAUAAUGGGUCUUGUGUGGCAUUACUACUGUUCUCUAUAUAAUGAAAAAAGUUAUACUUCCUGAGAACCUAACGUGGAAUCAGGGAAACUUCAAUCAAUGACAUAAAGGACCAAUUGUAGUUCAGUUCUACAGAUUUCUAGCCUGACUUUCUUUCCUUUUUUACCGUCUCCUUGGACUCUAAGGCACAUAGUGUUUAUCCUUGUUAGACUAGCAGUAACUCAUCAUGCAGGCU